AUGCACAGUGAGGAUGGGUUAGUAGACAUAAAUGUGCAGUGUGAUGAGGUUGAGGUUGAACCUGUUUUACUUGGGUCUGAGUCAGAUAUGGAAGAAGAUGAUAUUAAUGAUUCCAUUUGUGAUGAGGACAAUGAGGAUGAAGAAGGGUAUGAACAUUUUUCUAUGUUUACUAUGCCCAAAAAAAUGAUUGAUUUCAACUUGGAAGUGGAAACAUAUUUCGUGCAUAAACAAGACAUCCUUGAUGUCAUCAAAAGUUAUGCAGUAGACGAUGGGAAAAAUUUGAAACUUGUUAAAAAUGAUAAAAAAAGAAUUAGGGUUAAAAGUUUGGGAUCAAAAGGAGAAUGUCCGUGGAAGGCAUAUUUUGGUUUCAUGGAUGCAGUAAAGUCAUGGCAACUGAGGACUGUGGUUGACAAACAUACAUGCAGUAAGGAACACAAGUUGCGA